GUAAUACUCUUAUUGUCCUUGGCUUACCAUAUAUGAUAUUUGUUUUAACAUCUUUUUUUACACCACCGACAAAGUAUCAUUUUCGUAUUAUUUUUAUAGGUAUUUAUAUAUCCGUACUAAUGGUUGUAAUAAUUGGAUAUUGUUUUACACCAAACAUCAAAACGAUUAUACGAAAGAAAUUUACUCGAUCAACUCCAGUUGAACCAAUGACAAUAAGAUUCACAGCUGCAACAUACGGAAGAACUAUUACAGCAAAUUAA